AUGCGCAGCAAAGUACCAGUAGGCAAGUCCUCACUUCGUCCUCACGUGCAGGUGAAUAACCACGGGCGAAUUAACUCGCCCGGCGAUGACAUCCGUGUAGCCAUAGUGAAGAACGCGAGCAAGGCGGGAAGUCCUACCGCCGCCUCCGGUGCGAGCUGUGACAGGGACGAUGGAGAUGAAGAGAACGCCGACGACGCAGAGGAGGAUUGGCCGGAGAACGGCCACGACGACAGCGCUUCGGGCGACGAAUUAGGUCCUGCCGACAUCGAGGAGGACAACUGGUGGAAUCGGCCGGUCGGGAGCAACGACGAGUCGGACAAGGUUGCUGCGGAUGCCGUCUUAUUUGACGAGGAAGGCGGCGACCACGACCCAUGGAGCCUUGGGACCGACGACGACGUUUCGCUACUAAAGCGGAGGCUGCGCCAUCGCCUACAAUCCAAGUCGGAGCGGGCCCGCGUGGUGCUCUCUGACGACGACGGUCCGGGGGAGGAGCGUCGCCCGAUACUCACCGCUGCGGAGAAGGGGAAAGCCAAGGUUGCGGAAGCCCCUGCUAAGGCCCCUACUAAGGCCCCUGCUUGUCGCUGCAAAAGCAACAAGAAGUGGACAUCCGACGGAUACCCGAGAUCCAGCAAGGGUGCGGCUAAGAAGAAGGCGAAGAAGGCGCCGAAUCCUGACGACAUCGUCGUGAACGAGACGCUGGGCAGCCACGAUGACCCCGACGCCGCCCUUCCCGGCCCCGGCGCCGCCUCUGCUGGCCCCGUCGCCUACCCCUGCGGCCCCGGCACCGCCCUUCCCGGCCCCGGCGCCGCCCUUCCCGGCCCCGGCGCCGACUCUGCUGGCCCCGUCCCCUACCCUGCGCCCCCGGCGCUGCCUCUACCGGCCCCGCCGCCGUCCCCGCGCGGCCCCGCCGUCACCACCAAGCCGCCGGCGCCGCCGACCUACUGCCGAGCCGCCCGAGCCACCUAA